UACGCUAUUAUAGAAACAGAUCCGUCUAAAAAGUUAGAGCUUUAUGAUGCAUGUUCGGCAACAGAUACCCCAUUUCUUUUUUAUUUUCAUCCGUUCUAAAUAUUCGUCCAUUUCUUUUUCCUUUACUUCUCUCGUUGACCUGUAAAGAAAGCCUCUUUCAGAGCCCUCAGUUGAAGCUAAGUCGGAACCAAAAAAAAACUCGUAACAUUUCGGAAACCCGCUAGAAACGAGAGGCGUUGGUAAGUAGUUAUAAAGUUUCCAAUAAAUUUGCAUAACACUCGUGGGUGAAAAGCAGGGAUUUUUACGGUUUCAAUUUUCAAAGUCGAUUACUUUUUUUUUGUCACUAUCUCUUAUUUCUGAGAGGGGCGUCCCACUCAUUGCACACCUUUGGUUUCUCACACGUUGUUGACGCUUGUGUGAAACGAAGGCUUCUCUUUCGAGGUGAUAUCGGGAUUUUUUUUAAACGAGGAAUCACCGUCCUCAGAAUAAAGAGCAUCUACUGGCUGAGCAUAUUACAUCGUUCUAUAGGGCGGCUUAGAUUAUUAGAACAUGGCCAAAAGAUACGAUUUCGCAUUAGGAAAUGGGCACAAUAGAGAAAUAUUUGAUUGAAUUGGAUACAGAUUGUCGAUUUGGUGUGGAAACUGCAAAAGACGAUGUGUAAUCUCGCGAAAUUUCUUCCUCGUGGAUUCAAACUUCGUUUGCGUACUAGCAGAAUAUUUCGUUUUGCAAUGUGAUGGACGACAUUAAGAGUUUCUUUUCGGCAAUUUUACAACGCUGCUUGUGACUCUAGAGACUUGACCGCUCAAAUUCUGUCCUUUCUUUGGAAGGAGUCAUUUUUUCUCUAAAAAUCGUCUUUGAAAGUCUGAAGAUCGAACUCAUGUCAAAUGGCUGUGGCAUUGGAGUACCGGAAACAUAAAGUUUUGGUUAUCUUCUUGUUCUGCUUCCCCGUGCUAUUCAUCCUCUACAGCCUCAGUCUUCAGCUGGAUGCCAAUAAAGUUGAAUUUGGAAUCCAGAACGUUCUGCCAAAUACAGAAACCCCUCAGGACGAGGGCAUUCCAGCGUUGAAAACUAUUCUCUACUGGAACCAUUUUUUCGGUAUCGAGAAUUUCACGUUCGGCUUCGGUCAUCAACCGUUUAUCGACGCUCAAUGUCCAACGCACUCUUGCACCGUCACUAACGACCGGAUGCUGUUUAACCGCAGCGAUGUCGUCAUCUUCUCUGCCCAAAACAUGAACCUGUCCGAUCUACCUGACACUCGGUUCCCCCAUCAACGUUUUGUGUUCUACGAAAUGGAAUCGCCAGCCAACACCGACCCGCAACCGUUGCUCAAUGAACGCAUUCGAUACGGAUUUUUCAACUGGACGAUGACGUAUCGAUUGGAUUCGGAUAUUGUUAAUCGCGACUCGUACGGUGUUAUUGUUCCACGGAAGCUCACGUUGUCUUCGAUGUUUCCGAUUCCACGCCGUAGUGACGUGACACCAACCGAAAGAAAAUCCAUCGGCAGCAGCAAGAAGAAAUUGUUGGCUUGGUUCGUAUCCAACUGCGUAACGCCCAGCCAACGUGAAAUGUACGUUGAGGAACUGAGCCGGUACGUACCGAUAGACAUUUACGGAAAGUGCGGCAAUUUGACGUGCACCGAUCGGAAGCAUUGUCGUGAAAUGCUCCGGACUGACUACAAGUUUUACAUCGGAUUCGAAAAUUCUUUGUGCACGGAUUACGUGACGGAGAAAUUGACCACCGGUUUCCUUUACGACACGGUGCCGAUCGUCAUGGGUGGCGUGGAUUAUACUCAGUUCGCACCGUUCCAUUCUUUCAUUGAUGUCAAAGACUUUGAUUCGCCCAAAGAGCUUGCUAAAUACCUUCUAUUACUGAACGAAACUGAUUCGCUGUAUGAGCGCUAUUUUGACUGGCAACCGAAUUUUGAUGUUCAUCUGGAUACGAAGCAAGGAUGGUGUCACCUAUGCAAACUUUCUCACGACGAACAACUACCGUUAACAACGUAUGAAGACAUUCUGAAGUGGUGGGUCGAUGAUCCUGAGAGCUGCAACCUACCAGUGGGAAAUACGCCCAUUCCGAGAAUGAAUUAAACAAACGUCUUUUCUUCUUGAUAUCAACGGGUUUCAAUCUGGUAUGGCCUUUCA